GGAUGGAUAGAUUCCUUUCAGGAUCAGCGCAAGCAUUUCUUCGUUCGCUCAGAUUUUUUCCAACCGAGAAAACGCUGCACUCUGAUGAUCAAUACAUAAAGAAAGACGAAAUAACGCCAAACUAUGAUUCAAUCGCAAAAACCGAUGUUCAAAACUUUCCAAGCACGGAACAGACGAAGAAAAUGAUGUUCGCCCUGUUUGGAGACGAUGGCCUUUUUAUGAAAGAACAUUUUGAGCGCUCUGGGGAAAUCGACAUUGAAGGUUGUCAAUUAACUAAGGUUUCAAAUCAUUUUUAAAAAAAUAAGUUUAUUUAUACUGAAUAUAAAACGACACAUACUCCGUUACAGAUUCAUGCCUCGCAGUUUAUCAAUAUAUACCGACCCAAAAAUCUCAUAUCUUGUAGCAAGUCUGUCAACAACACGUGUUCGCUCUGCUUGUCCCAAGUUGUCAACAAGUUUGGGCCAAGCUGUUAACAACUUGUAACAACCUUGUUGAUAUUAUCAGACUUGUUGCAAGGUUGUUCCAAUAAGUCCUAUACAGUCAUGAUAUAACAAUAUUGUUACAACUAUAUUAUGACUGUAUCAGAACAACCUUGUAACAAGUCUGAUAAUGCGAUCAAGCUUGUUGGAAGCUGUUAACGGCUUGUUCCAAACUUGUUACAACAACUAGGAACAACAAGUGCGAACACAACUUGUCGACAGCUUGUGAACAGAUUUCUAUAACAAUUUGUUUGCAGACCUGUAACAACUUGUGCGUUUUUACGUGUGUAAUUCUUACCGUGAUCUUGACAAAACAGCGAGAUAUGAAAUUAUAUUCCCGUCCUUGAUCUUCUGUCACGACGAAUUUUGCCAACAAAACAUUCGUUCUGAACGAAGGCAGAUGAACGAAGACGGGAUAUGGAUUCAUGUCUCGCUGUUGAAAUCUAGUCCAGUCCGAACUGGAGGAUUUGAAAUGACAUCUCGUACGAAUAAAUCACUAUUUAAAGUGAGGCGAAUUGACCAUUUGCGUAAUAGACUAAAUUUUGAUCUCAACAAAAAUUUCAAUACAGCUUGAAAGAACAUCACAAAAUUAGUAAUAUUCCAAAAUUUCGUUGCAAAAUGUUGUAAAAUGCGGAAAAUAUAGCCUUGCGAAGUUUGCAAUUUUCAGUCAUUUUAGAUUACAAACCGGAAAUUGACAGCCUCGAAGGGUUUGGGGCUGUCAAUUUCCCGUUUGUAAUCUAAAAUGACUGAAAAUUGCAAAUUUCGCAAGGCUAUAUUUUCCGCAUUUUACAACAUUUUGCAACGAAACUUUGGAAUAUUACUAAUUUUGUGAUGCUCCUUCAAGCUGUGAUGAAAUCUUUGUCUAGACUUGUUUAGUUCAAAAUUUAGUCUAUUACGCAAAUGGUCAAUUAAACUUGAUCCAGUCCAAAGAGUCAAGGACUGAAUUAAUUUUGAUGCAGUCCUAGGCCAGGAUCAAUACACUUCACCAGGUAUCCAGUACUAUCAUGUGAGCAAAAUAAAGCAAUUAUGGUUGGCUAAUUUACUCAUGAAUUAUUAAUGAGUUCGAGAUAAUUCCUUCAUUUUCCUAGGACCGGCUCUAAUGACGAUAUGGAAAAUCUUUCCUAACAAGAGCGUUCUUUUGGACGAACUUCACACUUCAAAAAAUACAAGCAUUGGCUCGAGUGUAUUCUCCGUCCUUACACAAAUGUUAUUUCUUCCACAAGAUGUAUCAAAGCUGGAAACAUGGUUAAUGAAAGGCAUCGAAAUCGGGGAUGAGGAAAAUAACAUCGCUUGUGGUCCGAAAGUUGUUAUUAAUUAUAAAUGUUGUGAGACAACGGGAGAACCGAUAUUAGCCCCAGAAUUUGGUUCCAUAGAAAUGGGAAUGGAUUAA